CAGGGUUGACAGUCUGCUCACUAUCGUGGAAAGCGGUGCGGCGGCUAAGCUAACCAUCGCAACGAGCUACAUGUGGAGAGUAAAACGGGAAGGCAUCCCCGACCCCAACUCUGUCAAAUCUCCCCGUGCCCGCCCGCUACGACGCUAAAAGUCGAGACUCGGUGACAAUUAUAUCACUUUACGAUGAAAGGUAGCCGGAUCGAGCUGGGCGAUGUGACGCCCCACAACAUCAAGCAGCUGAAGCGCCUCAAUCAGGUCAUCUUCCCCGUCAGCUACAACGACAAGUUCUACAAGGACGUGCUCGAGGUGGGCGAGCUCGCCAAGCUCGCAUACUUCAAUGACAUCGCAGUGGGGGCUGUGUGCUGCCGAGUGGACCACUCUCAGAACCAAAAGCGAUUGUACAUCAUGACCCUAGGUUGUCUCGCACCCUACCGGAGACUUGGCAUUGGUACAAAGAUGCUGAACCACGUGCUCAACAUCUGCGAGAAGGAUGGCACUUUUGACAACAUUUACCUUCACGUGCAGAUCAGCAACGAGUCAGCCAUCGACUUCUACCAGAAGUUUGGCUUUGAGAUCAUCGAGACCAAGAAGAACUACUACAAGAGGAUAGAGCCGGCGGACGCGCACGUCCUGCAGAAAAGCCUUCGCAGCCCGAGCGCGCCGCCCAGCAGAGAGCUUCAGAAGACGGAGUAGGGUGGCAACGGAAGGACGAGCGGGGCGUCACCCGCAAUUCGGAAAAACCAGCACACCUGACCUGCGCAUAAAUAAACUGUGACACACGCCCCAACCCCACAAGGACGCUUUCAAAGACAAAAUUGGGGGAAAAAACAAAACCACAAUUAGCCGGCAAAUGAAUCCCUCCGAUUUGACAACCCGAGUGUGGUAUUUGCAAUGCAUACUUUGUGUUUGACUUGGUUUUUAUGCGGUUGUAAAAUGUAAAUUCGGGGGGGCUGUUUUCUAUAGUGUGUGGUUUUGAAACAGUUUGAACAAACCGCAACUUAUGGCAGGUGGAAUGUCUUCUCCACGGGCCAUGAGGAGCAGUAAACAAGGUGGUGGUGGUGCGUUCAGAAUUUAUUUACAACCAAUUCGGAUGUUGUUUUGUUUGGUUUUAUUUCCAUUUGACAUUGCAGAGGUUAAGUGUUUCAGAGGUUCUCCUGGGUGUGGGAAAUAGUAUUGAAUGUCAAUGCGUUCUUCCCCAAAGGGGAAACGCGAGGUCUUUUGGGAUGGAGGAGACACGGCAGAGCUGGUCCUCCCCCUCCCUCCCUCCCUCCCCAACAACUUCCUGCCAAGUAUUGGUCGCCGAAAUGGUCCGCUUGUAGUUUUCUUGAAGUGUGCGAGCGUGUUGUACCCAGAAGAAGGUCUGACUCCGAAUGCAUGCAAGGAGACUUGUGUCCUCUCUCUACUGUAGUAUAAGCAUGGUUUCUUUCUUUGAAGAAUUUUAUCUUUUUCUGGAGCUCUAUAUUGUAUGACUUUUUAACGUCUAAAUAAACGAAUUACUAUUUGCAGUAAA